CAACGAUCUCUGUCUCUCUCUCUCUCUCUCUCUUUCUCUCUGCGCACAUUAACGGCAACAAACGCAACGCAAAUGAAUACACUCGCUCAUUCACCCACUCCAAUCCACCACAAUGCGAAUCUCAAGCGACUUUCUCGACCAUCUCCAGUUCGACUUCGGCCGCCGUCUCUCCUCCCUGCCACGCUCAAGCCUCCAUCUAGCCUCACACUCGCCCCUUCCAAUCCGCGCAUCGCACUGCCGACGCAUCCUCGGCGCCCCUUCGUGACUCCGUGCCUCAGCAGCUCGAGCCAAGAGCUCCUCCACGAUGAGCCUGAUGUCGAUGCCGGGAGCGACGGCAACGGUGCGCUGGUCACACCGAGUGAAGAAGAUAAGCUCCAAGCGGCAGGGGUUGGCACUGAGGAGGAGGAUCUCGCGACGAAGAGCCUGUGGAGACAAAUCAAGGAGAUCAUUAUGUUCUCGGGGCCUGCAACGGGGCUGUGGAUCUGCGCUCCGUUGAUGAGUCUCAUCUCGACGGCCGUGAUUGGCCAGGGAAGCUCGACGGAGCUCGCUGCUUUAGGUCCGGGGACGGUGUUCUGCGACAACAUGAAUCUUCUGUUCAUGUUCCUGUCGAUUGCUACUUCGAAUAUGGUUGCCACGUCGCUUGCGAAUGGGAACAAAAAAGAUGUUCAGCACCAAAUCUCCGUCUUGUUGUUCAUUGGAUUGACAUGUGGGACGCUGAUGCUUUUGUUCACCCAAUUCCUCGGAUCACAAGCACUCACUGCUUUUGCAGGGGCAAAGAAUGCGAACAUUGUACCUGCAGCAACCAAAUAUGUUCAGAUCCGAGGACUAGCAUGGCCUGCUGUCCUAUAUGGAUUGGUCGCUCAAAGCUCGAGCCUUGGCAUGAAGGAUUCCGUGGGCCCCUUGAAGGCUCUGUUAGUGGCCAGUACAAUAAAUGGAAUAGGUCACUUAGUCCUGUGCAAAUUGUUGGGUUAUGGUAUUGUAGGUGCUGCUUGGGCAACAAUGGCUUCACAGAUUGUCGCAGCAUAUAUGAUGAUCGAAGCUCUGAACAAUAAAGGUUUUAAUAGCUUUGCUGUCUCCGUUCCAUCACCCAGUGAAUUUCUACACAUAUUUGGGAUUGCCGCUCCAGUUUUUGUAACCAUGUUUUCAAAGGUGGCUUUCUACUCACUCAUUACGUACUUUGCCACAGCCAUGGGCACACACACGGUUGCGGCUCACCAGGUCAUGAUACAAAUGUACAGCAUGUGUGUAGUGUGGGGCGAGCCUCUCUCUCAAACUGCACAGUCGUUUAUGCCUGAGUUGUUGUAUGGAAGAACCCGAAGCUUAGAGAAGGCCCGAAUGCUGCUGAAGUCUCUUAUGAUUAUCGGAGCAAUUCUAGGACUAGUAAUAUCUGGUAUUGGAGCUUCUGUUCCUGGUUUGCUCCCCAAUAUUUUCACUGCGGAUCCUAAUGUUAUACAGCAGAUGCACAAAGUCUUGCUUCCAUUCUUCAUUGCCUUAUCUGCGACACCUUGCACUCAUAGCCUCGAAGGAACCUUGUUGGCUGGGCGAGAUUUCAAAUUUAUUAGCCUGUCGAUGAGCGGUUGCUUCUCUCUUGGCACCCUUCUGCUUCUGCUUGUAAGCAGCAGAGGAUACGGUUUGCCGGGCUGCUGGGGUGCACUCGUCGCGUUUCAAUGGGCUCGAUUCUUCCUCGCUCUCCAGCGUCUCCUCUCCCCUACAGGGAUACUUUAUUCUGAGAGCUCAACUCACUUUCAAAUAGGGAAGUUGAAAGCUGCUUAAUUUCCAACUGUCCACGUGAAUCUAGCUACAAAUUAGUGAAACUCGAAGGGAGAGCUGUGACGAAGGGUUCUUGCGUUUGCUUCAAGACCCCGAAUUAACAGCUUCCUGGGAGGAAUUUGUACUCUCCAGACUCCAAAUGGAUAAGGAGGCUCUCAUUCUUUAAUGCCGGAUGGCCAAUAGAAGACUAUAAGUGAGCACCGCUUUUGGACCUGUGCUUUUCUCCUGCUAGGGUAGUACAGUAUGUUUGAUCCAUUGGUUUUGUACGUCAAUUUAUUAUGCCCAAGUGUAUUCUCGUCUGCAGGGUACUCAUAGGGAACAAAAAAAUAUACUAAUUGUUCUUCAAGAGUUCUGGCAGUUUGCUCUGGAAAGAAAACCUUGAACCCAA